AUGAAACGGCUACGACGUGGGGCUCUUCCCUCAUCAAAUGAAAAUGCUACGGCUGAGGAUGUAUUGCCACAAGUUGCAGAACAACCCGCACACGUGGAUGCCCCAGUGGUUGCUGAUUCAAAUGAUGAUGCAAAAUUAACCCAGGAACUAGAAAUAGAGCAAAUAAGGAGUACAUUGGAAGAGGGAAUUGUGGAAACGCGCAGUACACCUCUCGAAAAUCGACUGCAACUUCCCCGCAUAGCCCUAAGCAAGCGAAAUCGGGCUGUCGUGAGGGCUCUGAACCCAAUGCUGGUGACCUAUUUGGAAGCCAUCCGGGACCUUUGCGAGACGGACUCAAUUCUUCUUGGUGCCGCGCUGGUAGUCUGCCGUACUAUAGGCGCCAAGGUUUCCACGGAUGGACGAGCUACUGGCCAAAGUAGCGCUAUCCCAGCAUGGAGAACAAGAAUUGAGGAACGUAUCACAAAGGCUAGAGCUCUCAUCGGCAGACUGAUAUGCUUCAGAUCAGGCAAUAACAGGCCAAGAAUUGUGCGCACCGUCAGGAUGGCGUUUGCUGGGACAAAUGUUGGUUUGUCCCAGCCGAAGAUAACGCAAAAACUGACAGAGCGCAUAGAUGAUCUGAAGCAGAGAAUCGCUGCUUGGGGAAAGCGGAUUCGGCGAUAUACCGAGAGGUCGACACGAUUCAACCAGAAUCGUCUCUUCCAGAGUGAUUAG